AUGAGCCAGCCAUGCCUACGGAACAUGAGCUGCAAAUGCCCCCUCUGCGCAGGAGAAGACCUGUCCGAGCUCCUCGCGCUGACCAAGACCAUCUCGAGCAACAUCCAGUACGGCGACGGGGACGAGGGCGACGAGCCACCGCCGCCUGCCCGAGGUGGCUUCAUGGCCAACUCGCCUCCGCCAGCGCCCCGAAAGACAUUCGUCGCCAACUCUCCGCCUGUCCAGGCUGCGAAGCGCGCGGCCGCGGCGCCGAAAGUCCCGCCACUCGAGUUGAAGGCCGCCGAGACAGCGCCGCCGCCACGAGCAUCUCCCACACCGAGCGACGAGCCGAGCCCGAGCCAGGCGCCGCGACAGACGAGCGACGAGCCUCCGUUGGCGUUCGAAGCGCUUGAAGCCAAGGUGGCCGACAAGAACUGGAAAGUCCGAAAAGAGGCCUACGACGACAUGAAGCUCGCGUUCGAGACGGGGCGAGGCGUCGACGGCGGCAACCCGAUCGAGUUCUUUGGCAAGAUGGUCGACGACUCGAACGCCGCUGCGAUGGAAGCCGGUCUUGCUGCCGUGCUUGCGUACACAAAAGAGGCGACGCCGCAGCAGUGGAGCAACAGUGUCAUUGCGCGGACCAUGACCAAGGUCGUUGACAAGUGCUUUACGGGCCGACCCGGCACGGUCAAGCUCGCGGAGGAGCUCGUGCUCGAGUACAUCCACCAAGGCGGCGGCGAAGAUACGAUUGCAGCGCUUAUCGAAGGCACGAAGAACAAGAAGCCCAAGGCACCUCCGCUGUGCGUGAGCUUGAUGCUCGAGGCGCUCAAGACGUUUGGCCCGCGCGUCGUGCCGGUCCCUCCGCUCAAGGCGGCGCUUCCCGCGCUCUGCGAGUCGACCGUCAACAACGUGCGUCCGACGGCGCUCAAGGUCAUUUGCGAACUGUACCGUUGGACAGGCCCGCCAUUGGUCCAAGACAUUGUCAAUGGUCUCCGUCCAGCGCAAAAAACAGAGUACGAAGAGCUCAUCAAGGACAUCACACCCGGCCAGGCCACGGUCACGCGGUACGUCAAGGGCAAGGAGCCCCGCGCGGCCCCCGCGCCGCGUGGAGCUCCUGGCCGUGCGGCGGCCGCCGCCCCCGUGGCUGCCACCAUGGACCCGCGCGACUUUGCCGAGACGAUCGACCUGCUCGCUAAGCUACCGAAAACCGAGUUCAAGGCCAAGCUCGCGUUGCCCAAGUGGAGCGAGAAGGUCGCGGCGCUGCAGAUCAUUCUCGACACGGUUGGGUCGGUGCCCAAGCUCGCUUAUGGCGACUUUGGCGACCUCGUGCACACCCUCAAGCUCUGCAUGCAAGACGCCAACGUCAACAUCACGGCCAAGUCGAUUGAGGUCCUUGGCGUGCUCGCCGACGGUGUCCGCAAGCCCUUCUCGCAGUACGCGCGUCUCAUGCUGCCGCUGCUCCUCAAGAAGCUCUCGGACAAGAAGUCGCUGAUCCUCAACGCGACGCACCAGACGCUCGACAUGUUUCUGCAGCAUGCCUUGCCGCUCGACGCGAUGAUGGACGAGAUCAAGCUCUCGGUCGACGGCGCGACCAACAAGAUUCCCGCGGCGCGCGGCCAAACCAUUGCUUUUUUGCAGCGCGCGAUCGCGAAGAAGUGGGUCAACGUGAUGGACGCCGCGCUCAUCAAGACGCUCGGCGAGCUCUUUGCGAGCGGCAUUGACGACUCGGACCCGGGCCUGCGCAAGGCCGGCGUCGAGGCCAUGGUCACACUCGUCGAGUCGUCGGACAGCGCGAGCCGCAUGGUCAAGGCGACGCUGGACGGGCUCGAGAAGCGCCAGCCGCGCAGCUACAGGACGAUCGAGGCUGCCAUGGGCAGUGCCGGUAGCAGUGCGUCGUCGGAUACCUCGUCGUCGGCGCCGACGAUGCCCGCGUCCGUGCCAAAGACGGCUGUGCCCAAGCCUCUGGAGGCCAAGAGCACGCCCAAGCCGGCCGCCGGUCCUCCGAGUCGGCUGGCGGCAGGCAAGAAGCCGGCACCGGCGGGCAAGGGUCCUGCGGCCAAAGCCCCUAUCGCGUCGUCGUCGUCAGAGACCAUGACCCUCUCGAGCGCCGAUGCGGAGCAGAUGCUGGCGGAGCUCGACCUCGAGCAGUGGUCGUCGAUUGUGUCGGGCUUUGGCAGCGCCAAGUGGUCGGAGCGCAAGGCGUCGUUCGAGCUGCUCGAAGAGGUCGUCAAGGGCAACCCGGACUUGGCGAGCACGCACACGGAGGCGCUCGUCAUGUACGCCUACGGCCAAACCAAAGAGUUUAGAGAGUCGAACGUCCAAGUGCUCAAGAGCGCGUUCCAAGCGCUCGCGACGAUCUCGGACGCGUGCGCCGACGUGCUUCCAAAGAGCGUUGUGUCGUUCUUGGUGCCGUGCUCGAUCGAGAAGAUUGGCGACCGCAAGAUUAGCGACGUGGUCAAGCUCUUGCUGGGGUACUUUUGCGAGCACGUCGGUCCUGCGUACGUCCUUGGAUGCGUGUACGCCCACAUGCCCAACGUCAAGGCCGUGCUCGCGCUCAUUGACUGCCUUACGUUCUUCAGCGAGUGCAUCGCCGACUUUGGCGUUGCGCUCUGCGACCCGCGCGCGCUCAUCGACUUUGUCAAAGGCGCACAAGGCCUCGAGAGCUCGAAUCCCAAGUGCCGCAUCGCAGCCAUGAGCGUCUUUGGCACCAUGUACUCGCAGCUUGGCCCGGCGCUGCGACCGCUUUUGGGCAUUGACAGCUGGAAGCCGGCGCUCGCGUCGUCGGCCGAGGCCGAGUUCAAGAAGGUCGGGUACAGCCCCGCAACGGCGACCGCUAGCAUUUCGCGCAAGCUGCGCCACGUCGAAGACAACGGCGGCUCGGUCUCGCUCGCCGCUGCGCUCGGCCGCGUCGACAUCAGCACCAAGAUCUCCAAGGAAAUGCUGGCCGACAUGCAGAGCGAGGAAGACAAGGCGGCGUGGAAGAAGCGACUCGCUGCCAUGGAGGCGGCCCAGCGCCUCUGCGAAGAGGCCGGCAUGAUGAUUGAGCUGACCAAGCCCGUGAUCGAGGUCAUGAAGGCGCUGAAAGGUCGUCUCGCCGACUCGAACGCGAAUCUAAAAGUCAAGGCCGUUCAAGUCAUUGGUGUCUACGCCGAGAGCAUUGGGCCCAGCAUUGCCAAAUUGAGCAAGGGCAUGGGCGCCAACAUUGUCUCGGGCGUCUCGGACAACAAGAAGAACAUGCAAACCGCGUGCGUCGAGACGCUCAACAAGUGGGUGCUGCACGAAGGCGCGACGUCGGCGCCGUGCCUCGAGUCGCUCCUCCCGUUCGUCGCCGAAGGACUCAAGAACACGGUCGGUCGCGCUGAGCUCCUCGGGUGGACCGUGCCCCACACGGAGAGCGUCGGCACUAUGGACUUGCGCUGCCUCAUUGAACCGACGAUCGACUGCCUCCAAGACAAGGCGUCGGACGCACGCGAGAAGGCCCAACUGCUCCUGAUCCAAGUCUUCCGGUCUGUCGGGAAAGAAGCCGUGUACGCAGGUUGCCGUGAUGUACUGCCGGCCAAGAUGCGCACGCUCAAGCCAAUCAUUGACAAGGCGUGCCAAGCCGCGACGGUCGACACAGCUCCGAUUGCCGAGGUCGAAUCGAAGCCACCGCCGCCGCCCAAGGUCGCUGCCCCCGCUCCCCCUGCAGCGCCCACCCGGCAAAACUCGCUGACGGCACCGGCGCCCGUCGCCAAGGCGCCCAAGAAGGAAGAGGCCGCUUUGCUUUUGAGCAGCGACAAGAUGACGCGCCUCGAUCGCAACCGCAAGAACAAGUGGAUCUUUGAUGCGACCGACGCGGGCGAUUUGAAUGCACGCAAGGCACAGGUCGAGGCCGAGUGGGGUCCGUACAUGUCGGCUGACUUGCGCGCCAAGCUCUUCUCGGCGUCCCCGGACAAGAUUAUGGAGGGGAUUGACGAUCUCUCGAAAUGUGUGACGGACCAACCACGCGAUGUGCACACGUCACUGGACUUAAUCAUGAAGUGGUCGACGCUGCGCAUUGUCGACAACAACGUCCAAGUCCUCGCCAAGAUGCUCGACUUUCUCGUCAAGCUUUUGACGAUGGUGGCCGACAGCAAUUGGGAGCUCGAUGACGUUGAAGCCGGCAUUUUCCUCCCGUACCUCUGCCAAGAGUCGGGGCAGCAAAAGCCUCGCUUCCGCCUGCGCUGUCGCGACGCGUUGUAUUUGGUCGUGGACGUGUACCCGUCGGCAAAGUAUGUUCCGUUCCUCCUCGACUGCGUCGCCAACUCGAAGAACACCAAGAGCCGCAUUGUGUGCCUCGAGACGCUCGAGUACAUUGUGCAAGAGCACGGGUACGCCGCCGUGGGCAAAAAGUGCCUCCGCGAGAUGGCCAAGUGCGUCGACUGCAACGAAAAGGACGUGCGCGAAGCCGCCAUCCAAGCGCUCGUUGUCGUCUACACGCAAGUGACCGACCCGAACAUCGACCGCUUCUUUGUCCUCUGCAACGUAACAAGCCAAAAAGCCAUGGACCUCAUCAACCUCAAGAUCAAGUACCAUCCGACGGAUCGCCCGACAGCCAAGGCGGCGCCCGUCCAAGACGAGCCCGCCGAGGAGCCCACAGCGUCAUUUGAAGCGGUCAAGACACCGUUGCCGUCGCCAAAGCGCCCCGCCAUGGUUCGGACGCCGUCCAAGUUGGCGCCACCGACGUCGAUUGCGACACCAACGACGAUUGCACUGCCGUCGCCGGCCCGGACGUUGCCGACGCCGACCAAGCGCAAGGAGCCGUCGCCGAUCGAUGUGCGCGUGAUGCUGUUUCCGUCGCUGCAAAAGCUCGUCGCGAGUGCCAAAGAGCUCACGACGGACCCGGUGCUCUUUGAGCAAGGCAAGGACGCGCUCAAGACGCUGUACGUGAUGGCGUCCAAGAGCACUUCGGCCGAACAAAACUUCCUCCAGGACAACAUCAACGACGUGCUCGUGCAGAUCUGCGCCAUCAUGCACGCGAGCUUUGGCAAGCUCCAGAGCUCGCAGAUCGAGCUCUACGUGCUCUCGCUGUGCCUCUCGACGAUCGCCAACUUGCUCAAGCACGACAACUUUGCGGCGCGCGUCCAACGGUUUGCGAUCGAGCGGCUCGUGCUCGAGUCGUGCUUUGGCUUGCUGGAUCCGCGCAUUGAAGACACGGAGGCGUCGUUUGCCAAGCGCGUCAUGACGGCGCUCAACAAGCUUGCGAUGACGGUCGCGUACCAGCUGCGUGUGAGCGAAGUCCUUCCUGCGAUGCUCAACCUCCUCGAGCGCAUCGUGCACGACCACGCGCCCGAGUACACACUCCGUGACGCGGUCAACCGCGGGUUGAAAAAGCCGACGCUGGAGCGGCUCGUCAGUAAACUGCUCAUCAAGACGGCGCGGCGCGAGCUCGGCAUGCCCGAGCCUUUCCUCAACGUCGACGUCUCGGGGCUGCUCCACUCGAUGCACAGCUUCUUUGCGACGUUUCCAGAAGACAAGACGUACAUUCACGACGCGGCGCGCAACGCGAUCAAGGCCAACCUCAAGUUUCUCGCCGACCACUGCGCCACGAGCGGCCGCCGCGCCGUCUUUGAAGCCGCGCUGCGCGACGUGCCGCUCUCGUCGCCGAUCCACGCGAUGCUGACGGACAUGCAGUACGACUUUGGCCAGCCAGCCAGAGUGCGCAACGUGUCCGAGUCGGUCGACACGCUGGGCGACGCCACGGCCGAUGCCCACGCCAAGAAGCAAGCGCUUCUGGGCCUUGUGGACGCCAAGCAAGCCCACGCUGGCGGCAACCUUGCGUCGGCCCUGGCGGAGAAGGGCCUUGUCGCCAACGAAGAGGCGCGACGCCUCGCCGAGGAGCUCGAGCCGUCCGAGUAUGCACGCGGUACGCCCAAAGUACCCGCGAUUCUCUCGACACCGUCGCGGCUCACGGCCUUCUCGGCACAAAACUUGACGCGGUCGGCGUUCAAAGCGCCGGAAGCACCAGUUGUGACCGAGGCGCCGCCGGUGGCCAACCCUGCGCCGCCCAAGUCGCUCGCGCUGCUGGACCUCAAGCAGCGCCUCGCGCGUAUCCAAAUGCAAUAG